AUGCAAGCAGCUAAGUUUAUGACCAGUGCAGUGCUGGCAAGGGAAAUUUCAGCGGAGGCUGCACAACGAUUCAUUUUGGAUGAAAGAGAGGGGUACCUUUCAGACUCGUCGUCAGAGACAUCCGAGCAAUGCUCUCAUGAGAAUUACCUGUCAGGAGAGGACAAAAAUGACGAGCAGUCUGAGGAGGAAGGAGAGGACAAAAGAGAGGACGAGGAGUCGUUGGAGGACAAUGAUGAAGAGUAUGAUCAGGAGGAGCCAUACACAACUGCCAGGAUCAGCAGCCCCUUCACCGUGUUCAACCUGUUUUUCCCCAACGACAUCAUUGAGCAGAUUGUCCAAAUGACAAAUUUACAAGGAUGCAGGGCACUCACAAGCUGGAGUGCACUGACCACACUGGAGCUCCGGGCAUACCUGGGGCUGCUGAUUCGAGCAGGUUUCAGCAUCCUCUGGGGCCUGAGCACUGUUGUGGCUGUUACCGAGGUGUCUUUUUGGCCAUUUAUACGGGACUACUGCACAUUUGCCAAUGAAGGGGGCCAAUGCCUUCACACUCACCGCCCUUGUUUCUAUGGCAGCAUGCCGAUCACGUUGAUGCAACUGCGGGAUCCGAUCCUGCACCAGCUCUUCAGCAGCUUGAGGCCCCAGUAUCAGUUAGGGAGUGCACUGCUCCCCCCUUUUGGGGAAGGGCCUAGAAAAGGUGGCCUAAACAAAGCUUGCCUCACCCUGAUCCUGCCAGCUUGCCGCGGCUGGCUGGACAUCCACCUCUGCGGUCGAAACAAUCAAAGUCGAAAAAACAUCAACCUCGGUGCCUGGAAUGUGAGGACCCUUAUGGACGCAAACAGUCGUCCUCAGCGCAUGACAGCGAUUGUUGGACAUGAACUGGGCAACUAUAACAUCACCAUAGCUGCACUCAGCGAGACCAGAAGGGCUGACACAGGCAGCGUGAAAGAAGUGGGAGCCGGCUACACCUUCUUUUGGAGCGGCAAAUCAGAGACCGAACCACGGAUCUCUGGCGUUGGUUUUGCCAUCCGGAACGACAUAGCCUCAAGCCUCACCUCACUUCCCAAAGGGAUCUCAGACCGCAUAAUGACAUUGCGUCUGCGUCUGGAGAGCAAGACGCACCUGACUCUCAUCAGCGUCUAUGCUCCUACCAUGACCCACCCGGAAGAGGAGAGAGAGGCUUUUUACUCAAGCCUGCGCGAAGUCAUCCACAGCGUACCAAGCAACGAUAAGCUCCUCCUGCUUGGGGACUUCAAUGCACGGGUCGGCAGCAACAAGCACGCCUGGCCUAGAGUGCUGGGCUCACACGGUUAUGGAAAGGAAAACUCUAACGGUCUGAUGCUACUUAGUCUCUGUGCUGAGGAAAACCUGGUAAUAACAAACACGGUUUUCAAACACAAGGAUGCUCACAAGGUCACCUGGAUGCAUCCAAGAUCAAAGCACUGGCACUUGCUUGACUACAUCAUCACCAGACACCAGGACCUCUGUGAAAUUCUUGACACUAGAGCACUGAGAGGUGCGGACUGCUGGACAGACCACGUCCUCCUAAGGUGCAAAGCCCGCUUUAUUGUACACAAACCAGUGCGGAAGAAACCAAGCUGCAUUAAGAGAAAGCUCGAUGUGUCCCGUCUUAAGUGCGCAAGCGUUGUGAGUGAGCUACAAGAAAAGCUGCGUGAUCAGCUACCUGCUCUGCCUGCUGAUACUGAUACUUCCGAGCACGCCUGGUCUGUGUUCAGGGAUGCAGUGUUCUCAGCCGCCGAGACAGCUCUGGGAUUCCGUAAGCGCAAACACCAGGACUGGUUUGACCAAAACGACCAGGACAUCCUCAAGCUGAUAGAAGCGAAGCGCACCGCUCAUGCCGCUUGGCUGAGCGACAAGAACUCCGCGUCCAAGCACAACCUCUUCAAACAGCUACGCAGGCAGGUGCAAAGCCGCACGAGGGAGCUGAAGGAUGCUUGGUGGGCAGACAAAGCUACGGAGGUUCAAAAUCACGCAGACAACAAACGGUCCAAGGAGUUUUAUGCAGGGCUAAAAUCCAUUUUCGGCCCCGCUCAGUGCACAACGGCCCCAAUCCGAAACCGGGAUGGCAUACUCCUUACUGACAAAGAGGACAUCUUGAAACAAUGGACUCUCCACUUCAGCACGCUGUUGAAUCAGACCUCAGAAGUGUCAAACGUAGCAAUAGAGUCCAUCCAGCAGAAACCCAUGGUCCAUCAACUUGAUGCCCAACCUAAUCACGCAGAGAUCACUGAAGCCAUCAAGCAGCUGCAAACAGGCAAGGCUCCAGGCCCAGAUGGAAUUCCAGCGGAAGUGUUCAAAGCCGGCGGUGAAACGCUUAUCGCUCACCUCACCAGGCUGUUCCAAGUAUUUUGGAUAAAUGGUGAGCUUCCCCAGGACUUCAGGGAUGCUAACAUCAUCCACUUGUACAAAAACAAGGGUGAUCGCUCAUCCUGUGACAACCACCGCGGGAUCAGCCUCCUCAGCAUUGCAGGCAAGAUAUUGGCCCGUAUUCUGCUGAAUCGUAUCACCAAGCACAUACUGGAUGAUGUUGUGUCUGAAAGUCAGUGUGGCUUCAGAAAGCUGAGAGGCACGGUAGAUAUGGUCUUUGCUGUCAGGCAGCUACAGGAAAAAUGUGUCGAGCAGCACCAAGAUCUCCACCUGCUCUUCAUCGAUCUCACCAAGGCAUUUGACACAGUAAACCGGACUGCACUCUGGGCAAUACUCAGCAGACUCGGAUGCCCACCUCGUUUUGUAGCGAUUGUCCGCGCCUUCCAUGAUGGUAUGCUUGGCAGGGUCAUUGAAAAUGGCGAUACAUCUGACCCUUUUCCAGUGUCAAACGGGGUGAAGCAAGGAUGUGUGCUUGCCCCAACGCUGUUCAGUCUCCUCUUUGCCCAGAUGCUCUCUGCAGCGCUCUCUCAAACAACAGCAGGAGUCAAGAUCCAUUAUCGCAUGGAUGGCGAUUUCUUCAACCUUCGUCGCCUAAAAUCCCACACGAAAGUGACCCGUGCCAUUGUUCGCGACUUCCUCUUUGCAGAUGAUUGUGCACUGGCAGCUCACUCUGAGGAAGACCUGCAACAGCUUGCUGACUGUUUUGCCACUGCAGCUAAGUCUUUUGGGCUAACAGUGAGCAUCGAGAAGACGGAGGUUCUUCGGCAGCUCGCCCCAAACACUGCUCGGCCUCCUGCCAACAUCUCCAUGGACGGCAAUGUGCUGAAAAAUGUAGACACCUUCAAGUACCUGGGCAGCUGCAUAAACUCUGCAGCCAACAUUGAUGACGAGGUUCUGUGUCGCAUUUCGCGAGCAAGUCAGGCGUUUGGGCGUCUCCACACACGAAUAUGGCAUGAACGGGGCAUCUCGAUCAAGACCAAGUUGAAGGUUUACCGUGCCGUGGUGCUGCCGUCUCUGCUGUACGGCUGCGAGACAUGGACUUGUUACAGGCGGCACAUCAAGAAGCUGGAUCAUUUCCACCUGCGCUGCCUUCGCAAACUUCUCCGCAUUGACUGGAAGGACCAGAUACCCAACCAGGAGGUCCUUCGGAGGGCUGAGACCACUGGCAUCGAAGCCAUGCUGAACCAGUCACAGCUUCGCUGGUCAGGCCACGUCACUCGCAUGGAUGACAGCAGACUCCCUAAACAACUGUUCCAUGCUGAGCUGUCAACUGGGAAACGGCAUACAGGUGGGCAGAGGAAGCGUUACAAAGUCGUUCUAAAGUCAACCCUCAAGGCCUACGGCAUCCCAGUUGACCAAUGGCAAACCCUAUCCCAGGACAGACCGGCCUGGAGGGCAUCCAUUCGCAAAGGCACAAAACAGUUUGAAAGAAACCGGCUACAGAGCCUGGAUGACAAAAGGCUGGCCCGGAAAAACAGAGUGCUUUAUCCCAACACUGCUGUAUCCUGUCAGCUCUGCGGCAAGAUCUGCGCAUCCACAUUUGGGCUGCAAGCUCAUAUGCGCAAACACCAACACCAACACUGA